UUCUAACUUUAACAUAAAGCACCUACAUAACCGCUGCGGAGCCUCCAGGCUCCUGACGGACUCAGCUGAUCAGGAGUUCUCUGGACGAUGUCCCAACUGAAGGCUUGAGACAGAAGCCACUGGGAACUAGAUCAAAGAUCCACCUGGGAAGUAGCAUAAAACUCCUCCGCUACUUCCACACAUGCAACAUAAGCUAAUAUAGCUAGCUGCGCUCAGGCUUCACUUCCUGUUCAGCUGCUCCAAGCUCCAUUUGUUCGGUAUGUGCAGAGGGGGAGGGACUUCGGAGUGCUGUUUGAUGGAUCAGGAUCCAAUCAUUAUGAGCGGAGCAUUCACAACAAUUGGACAAGGUUUUCCCAGGACUGUAAGUUUCAAAGGCGAUUAAAAUUCUUUAUCAACAAAACAUGUAAUUAAUAGGUUGGCAUCGCUAUUUGAAGCUAAUGUAAGGCAAUAUGACAAGAGUGGUCCAGAAACAUCUCCUGCAGCAUCUUUUAUUCAUAUUCAUCUUUAUUGAGUAACCUUAGUUAUUUUGGUUACUAUUAAAUAUUUACUCCAAAGUACUGAAACCAGACUCUGAAACUCUUAUUGCCAAUAUUUGUAAAUGAGAAAGCAUAUGGAUAUUUUAUAAUCCUCACGGCAUGUGGGGAAGCACUGUGAAGAGACUGGAGACAGCUGAUGUCAUCCUGGAAAGAGGAAUCACUUCUAGAGGAUGAUGACAUCAUAUCUCCAUCCAUCCAUCCAUCCAUCCAUCCAUCCAUCCCAGGAGAAAUCAACAACAAGAACAAAAACUCGAGUUGGCUGAAGGAUACUGCCUCGCUCUGCUGCCUCCUCCUCCACUUCCGCUGAACACCAUCUGAGAGGAAGAGCCCUCGGUACUUGCUCCGUCUCAUCCCACCGAGUGGAGGCUCCUGUGGCCAGCUCUAAACCUUCAAGCUUCUUUUUCUGGAUGUAGCAUGCAGGAGAACAGAUGUAAGGGAAACUGUGCUCUGUUUAAGCGUCUUCUCACAAAGGAUGCAUGGCUGGACUAAUCAUCAUAAAACAGGUAAAACUUUUUAUACUUCUGAUUACAUUUAUGCACGUUUAUGCAUAUAAAGUUCACAAAACUGCAUAUUUAUUCAUGAUUUCUGGUUUACUUAAUUGAGUUUUGGCAGGUUUGAACCAAAAGCUUAGAAGAAAAACGGUUAAAAAAGGAGAACAUUCAUCGCUGCUGAUGGGACUGAUUGAAUUGCUUUGUGUAUUCGCCUUUAAAGACACCAUAUAGAGAAACUGUAACAGGACUUUGAUACCAUAAAACUCCCGUCAUUCUGCUGAAACGGGGCUAGAAGCAGUGGAAACGCUCAGCAGUGAUCCGUUUUUCAGGCCGAGCUCACGUAGAUCGUGUGUUUUAGGCAACGCAAGUCUAAAAAUAAGAGCUGUAAAAAAUCAGCUUCCCAGAAAGGUGAACCUUUAUUUUGAAAAUGGCUAUGAACAGGGUAAAUAAAGGAGGUGAAUCGUAAAGAACACCUUUUAUGUCUGAUGCUGGGUGCGAUUUACAGUCUUUGGAGCCGGUAGGUGUACUGUCAUCACUUCCUAAAUACAGAAGACACAAAGCCAGAUGUAACUUCACACUCCCGGCUGAUAAAUGAUUGAACAGCAUCAGCUUUACAUCCCCGAUCUGCUGCAGCAGAGGCAGCAUUUGCUUUUUUCACCAUGACAGGCAUUGUUGUAGUUCUGGGCUUUUGUUACCGCUUUUGGGAACUUUAUCUGCUUGGUGGUGUCAGCAGCCUCUCAUGCAACAAACCCAUAAAAUGACAUGGUAGAGAUAAAUAAAUUCAUAAAUAAUUGGUGAAGUGGCCUCCGGGGCUGUAUAAUGAUUGUGUUGAUAGAAAGAAUUUUAAGUAGCGCUAUUUUAAGAUAGUAAAACUGCAGCUUGUUAAACUGAGCGGUGCGUUAGUCAGUUUAACAUUCAAACGUCCGUGAAACCAACCAGCGGUGAAUCAGUGCACACACAGUUCUUGCUGAUUUCCUGCCUUUGGGAUUUGGGAUACAUUUCCCAGAAUCAGCUCUGCUGUGUCCAGCUGCUUCUCCUGGAGACACGAAGAACAGGGUUAGGGUUAGGCGAUUGCAACCCUCGAUAAACAAAACUCACAAACCCAAACAAACCUUCUGUGGACCCCGUCUACGCUCUUCCUGUUUCUUCUUGCUUCUAGGGUAACUGAGCCUUGACUGCAUUGGUUGCAAAAGGGCGGAGCUCUUCAGACGUCACCUAUGAUGAACUCCCACGCGCUGCUCUCCGGGGAGAACCUCAUCUUCGCCAUCACCGUGCCGCUGUCGACCUCAAUCAUCCUGGCUAACCUGGCCAUCAUCUUGGGCAUCUCCUGCAACCGCCAACUCCACAACACGCCCAACUACUUCUUCCUCAGCCUCCUGGUCGCUGACAUGUGCACGGGCGUGGCGCUACCCUUCAUCCCGCUGAUGGGUCUGAACCGCGAGCUGAGUUUCAGCUCCUGUCUAGUGGCUCACGUAUUUCCAAAUUUCCUCUUCUUGGCGUUUUUGUUUAACCUGGUGAUGGUCCACUAUGAGCGCUACAUUUGCAUCGUUGACCCGCUGCAUUACAACAACUUGUGGAUGCAUCGCAGUUUUCCUUUGGCCUUGCUGAUCGUUUGGAUGCCCCCACUUUUGUUUGCGUCCCUGCCCGCCUUUGGGUGGAACAACUGGACAGGACCACAUUGGAACAGUUGCUGUGAAAGAAUGACCAAGAUGUCGCCGCUUUCGAACUGUUCUGCUAACGGAACCACCUGCUGCUCCUACAGGCGGGUGUUCUCCAAUGCUUUCAUCUACUUGGAGGUGUAUGGUCUGGUUUUACCUGCAAUUCUUAUAAUUGCUGGCAUGACUGGACGUGUUCUGUGCAUCACCCGAGGACAGCUGAAGGACAUUUGCCGUCUCCAUCGUGCAGGAGUGCGAGGAGGUCAAGCCUCGGACCGAGAGCAGAGGCUGAACCUACGGUACACUCGCUGUGUGGUGGCGGUAUCCUUGACUUUCCUUGCCUGCUGGGUUCCUUACCUCAUUUACAUGCACGUCUGUAUAACGUUCCUGAUUAUCGACACCAAGUGGAGCUCCACCACCCACAUCGUGCUGUCCUGCACUGGAAUUGGAAGUAUGGCUGUGGUGCCGUUGGUGCUGGGCUUGGCCAACAGGCAGUACACAGAACCUGCAUACAAACUUCUCCAAAAACUUAGAGACCGGUGGAGAAGGACACAAGAACCAGGAGAGGAUUUUAUCUGACAAAAUAACUACAAAUCUGAAUAUUUAUUGAGUUUGUUCUGCAAGAAUUUGGACCUUACGAAACUGGUAAUGCAACAGGCCCUGAGAAAAACUUCAUGUGUCAGACACCAGUGGAAAUCUAGGGUUUUAUCAAGUCAGGAGCCAGUUAGGGAUCAAAGAAAGGGGGGCCGAGUACACAUCCAGCCAACGUGGCUGUCUUGACACCCUUCACAGGACAGUAAAACCAUUCGUUGGGUGGAUUCUGGCUCCAGUUUAUUUGGUAAUGUUGCAUUCAUGACUUUUCCACCAAUAAACAACCUCUUAUCAA